CCCUGCGCUGGCCGCUUUGGCCCAGAACUGACCUCGGUGUCCAUGUGGACAUCAGCACCUCAGGGACCCUGCUACAUUCUCGGGUCCUGGGAGGGAACAGGGUUGGCCCUGCCUCCUAAGGACUUGAGUUCUUGUGCGAGGACGCAGGAGGUGAAUAAGGAGGCGAUCCGAAGGACAGGGACAGAGGGAGACUUGGUCCUCUGGGCAGCCUGAGAAAGCUCGAGCUGAGAGAUGAGAAGGAGCCAACCCUGCCAAUAUCCCGGGCGAGCACCAGGAACAGGGUCAGAUGCAGACGGAGUCUUGCUCUGUCUCCCAGGCUGGAGUGCAGUGGCACCAUCUCGGCUCACUACAACCUCCGCAUCUCGGGUUCACGCCAUUCUUCUGCCUCAGCCUCCUGAGUAGCUGGGACUACAGGCGCGCAUCACCACGCCCGGCUAAUUUUUGUAUUUUUAGUAGAGACGGGGUUUCACCAUGUUGGCCAGGCUGGUCUCAAACUCCUGACCUCGUGAGCCACCCGCCUCGGCCUCCCAAAGUGCUGGGAUUACAGGCGUCAGCCACCGCGCCCGCUCAAUAUUUUAUCUCUUAACGCCUCCUUCUCCCCUGCGCGAUUGAAGGAGACAGUGCCAGGAGGCUCACUGCUUCUGGCCCAGAGUGACGGCUCGAAAGGAAGGGUCUCUGCAGGCCCAGAGAGGAGGUCCCGGCAGGCUUCCCGGAGGAGGCCGUUUGGGCUGGUUUGGGAAGGACACUGCAAUUGUUCCGGCUUGUAGCAGGGCUUCCCCGGGCCCUGCCUGGACAGGCCUGCCUGCGUGCUGGGACAUGUCUGGCCUCCAAGGACCGUCGGUGGGCGAUGGCUGCAACGGUGGAGGGGCCAGAGCUGGAGGCAGCUGCUGCCGCAGGAGAUGCUUCGGGGGAUUCGGACGCAGGGUCCAGGGCGCUGCCUUUCCUGGGCGGCAACCGGCUGAGCUUGGACCUGUACCCCGGGGGCUGCCAGCAGCUGCUGCACCUGUGUGUCCAGCAGCCUCUUCAGCUGCUGCAUUUGGAAUUCUUGCGUCUGAGCACUCACGAGGACCCUCAGCUGCUGGAGGCCACCCUGGCCCAGCUGCCUCAGAGCCUGUCCUGCCUCCGCUCCCUGGUCCUCAAAGGAGGGCAACGCCGGGACACACUGGGUGCCUGUCUCCGGGGUGCCCUGACCAACCUGCCUGCUGGUCUGAGUGGCCUGGCCCAUCUGGCCCACCUGGACCUGAGCUUCAACAGCCUGGAGACACUGCCGGCCUGUGUCCUGCAGAUGCGAGGUCUGGGUGCGCUCUUGCUGUCUCACAACUGCCUCUCUGAGCUGCCUGAGGCUCUGGGGGCCCUCCCCGCCCUCACCUUCCUCACAGUGACACACAACCGCCUGCAGACGCUGCCCCCAGCACUGGGGGCCCUAUCCACCCUGCAGCGCCUCGAUCUCUCUCAGAAUCUGCUGGACACGCUACCUCCUGAGAUUGGAGGCCUGGGCAGCCUCCUGGAGCUCAACCUGGCCUCCAACCGGCUGCAGAGCCUCCCGGCCUCUCUGGCGGGACUUCGGUCCUUGCGGCUCCUUGUCCUGCACAGCAACCUCCUGGCCUCUGUGCCAGCUGACUUGGCCCGCCUUCCACUCCUCACCCGGCUCGACCUGAGGGACAACCAGCUCCGGGACCUGCCCCCUGAGCUGCUAGACGCCCCCUUUGUGCGCCUGCAGGGGAACCCCCUGGGUGAGGCCUCGCCAGACGCCCCGAGUUCACCAGUGGCAGCCCUCAUUCCAGAAAUGCCCAGACUGUUCCUGACCUCAGAUUUGGACAGCUUUCCUGUGACCCCUCGAGGCUGCUCAGUGACCCUAGCCUGUGGCAUCCGCCUGCAGUUCCCAGCGGGAGCCACCGCCACCCCCAUCACCAUCCGCUAUCGGCUGCUGCUGCCGGAGCCAGGCCUCGUCCCCCUGGGUCCUCAUGACGCCCUGCUCAGCCAUGUGCUGGAGCUGCAGCCCCAUGGGGUGGCCUUCCAGCAGGAUGUGGGGCUGUGGCUGCUCUUCACCCCACCGCGGGCCCGGCGCUGCCGUGAAGUGGUGGUCAGGACCCGGAAUGACAACAGCUGGGGUGACCUGGAGACCUACCUGGAGGAAGAGGCACCCCAGCGGCUCUGGGCUCACUGCCAGGUGCCCCACUUCUCCUGGUUCCUUGUGGUUUCCCGCCCUGUGUCCAAUGCCUGCCUGGUGCCACCGGAGGGGACACUGCUGUGCUCCUCGGGUCAUCCUGGGGUCAAAGUCAUCUUCCCCCCUGGGGCCACUGAGGAGCCUCGUCGAGUCUCCAUGCAGGUGGUGCGCAUGGCUGGCCGAGAGCUGCAGGCCCUCCUGGGAGAACCAGAGGCUGCAGUGAGCCCCCUGCUGUGCCUGUCACAGAGCGGUCCCCCCAGCUUCCUCCGACCGGUCACCGUGCAGCUGCCUCUGCCCUCUGGCAUCACAGGCCUCAGUCUGGACCGUUCCCGCCUGCACCUGUUGUACUGGGCCCCUCCUGCAGCCACCUGGGAUGACAUCACAGCUCAGGUGGUCCUGGAGCUCACCCACCUGUACGCACGCUUCCAGGUCACACACUUCUCCUGGUACUGGCUCUGGUACACCACCAAGAACUGUGUGGGAGGCCUGGCUCGGAAGGCCUGGGAGCGGCUGCGGCUGCACCGUGUGAACCUCAUCGCUCUGCAGCGGCGCCGGGACCCUGAGCAGGUCCUGCUGCAGUGCCUGCCCCGAAACAAGGUGGACGCCACCCUUCGGCGGCUGCUGGAGCGGUACCGGGGCCCCGAGCCCUCUGACACGGUGGAGAUGUUCGAGGGCGAAGAGUUCUUUGCAGCCUUCGAGCGCGGCAUCGACGUGGAUGCUGACCGCCCUGACUGCGUGGAGGGCAGAAUCUGCUUUGUCUUCUACUCGCACCUGAAGAAUGUGAAGGAGGUAUACGUGACCACCACCCUGGACCGGGAGGCUCAGGCUGUGCGGGGCCAGGUGUCCUUCUACCGUGGCGCGGUGCCUGUGCAGGUGCCCGAGGAGGCUGAGGCUGCCCGGCAGAGGAAGGGCGCAGAUGCCCUGUGGAUGGCCACUCUGCCCAUCAAGCUGCCGAGACUUCGGGGGUCCGAGGGGCCACGGCGGGGGGCUGGCCUCUCCUUGGCACCCUUGAAUCUGGGAGAUGCCGAGACCGGCUUUCUGACGCAGAGCAACCUGCUGAGUGUGGCUGGGCGCCUGGGUCUGGACUGGCCAGCCGUGGCCCUGCACCUGGGGGUGUCCUACCGGGAGGUGCAGCGCAUCCGGCACGAGUUCCGGGAUGAUCUGGAUGAGCAGAUCCGUCACAUGCUCUUCUCCUGGGCUGAGCGCCAGGCUGGGCAGCCAGGGGCUGUGGGGCUCCUGGUGCAGGCCCUGGAGCAGAGUGACCGGCAGGACGUGGCUGAAGAGGUGCGCACAGUCUUGGAGCUCGGCCGCCGCAAGUACCAGGACGGCAUCCGACGCACGGGCUUGGCCCCCAAGGACGCCGCUCUGCCUGGCUCCUCGGCUCCACAGCCCCCAGAGCCUGCCCAGGCCUAGGCCCCACAGACUUUUAGGCUGGCCCAGAUAUUCCCCAGUGGAUGGGCAGAGCCCCCACCUUCAAGUCUCUCCAGUGUGUGGGGACGGGUCCCUGUGAGCAACAAAACUGCACUGUUUCUUUCA